CCUUCCAGGAAGCAGUUAGCCUGCCUUUCGCUAACUGUGUCUCCUGCCCUUGGAGCAGGAGACACAGUCCCUGGGGAGGGCUGGCCCUCCUGCUGCAGCUGGGCACUGCAACCAAAAUCGUCUGUUACUUUACCAACUGGAGCCAGUAUCGGCCUGGAGUUGCACGCUACAUGCCUGAAAAUGUGGACCCCUGUCUCUGCACACACAUCAUCUAUGCCUUUGCUGGCAUGGCCAACAACCAGAUCAAAACUAUCGAGUGGGAUGACGAGGCUCUGUAUGCUGGCAUCAAUGGCCUCAAAAGCUACAAUACAGAGCUGAAAACCCUACUGUCUGUUGGUGGCUGGAACUUUGGAACCCAGGGAUUUUCCAACAUGGUGGCCACGGCUGAGAACCGCCAGACCUUUAUCCAGUCAGCCAUCCAGUUUCUGAGGAAGUAUGACUUCGAUGGACUGGACAUUGAUUGGGAGUAUCCUGGCAACCGUGGCAGCCCAGCAGACACCCAGCAGCUCUUCACUGUCCUGUUGAAGGAAAUGUAUGAGGCUUUUGAACAAGAGGCCACCCAGAGCAACAAGCCCAGGCUGCUGAUUUCUGCUGCUGUGUCAGCAGGCAAAGGCACCAUUGAAACUGCCUACCAGAUCCCUGAGAUGUCUAAAUACAUGGACCUCAUCAAUGUGAUGACUUAUGACCUCAGGGGCUCCUGGGAGGGCUUCACAGGAGAAGACAGCCCUUUGUUUGCAGGACCCAAUGACCAGGGUGACUACAAAUAUUUUAAUGUGGAUUAUGCCAUGAAUUACUGGAAGAGCCAAGGUGCCCCUGCUGAGAAGCUGAUGGUGGGCUUUGGGGCCUAUGCCCGAACCUUCACUCUCACUAACCCUGCCAACCAUGGCUUGGAUGCACCCACCUCUGGCCCCGGGAAAGCUGGACCCUAUACUCAGGAGGCUGGGACUCUUGCCUACUUUGAGGUCUGCUCUUUUCUGAAAGGAGCCACCCAGGUGUGGAAUGCUCCUCAGGAGGUGCCCUAUGCCUACAAGGGGAACCAGUGGAUUGGGUAUGACAACCCCAAAAGCUUCACCCUCAAGGCCGAGUGGUUGCUGAAGAACAACUUUGGAGGCGCCAUGGUCUGGGCCAUUGACUUGGAUGACUUCACCGGGACUUUCUGUGGGCAAGGCAAAUACCCACUCAUGAAUGCCCUCAAAUCCGCGCUCGGUGUCUCCACACCCAGUUGCAGAGUGCCCACCUCUACUCUAGGCACCAGCGUGGCUCCCAUCGUUACUGCAGCUCCUGGUGGUGGCAGUAGUGGGUUCUGUGCUGGAAAAUCGAAUGGUCUGUAUCCCAGCCCCACCAGCAAGCGUGCCUUCUACAACUGUGUGGAUGGGCACACCUACGAGGAGGCCUGUCAGGCAGGGCUGGUCUUUGACACCAGCUGUUCCUGUUGUAACUGGGCAUAAGCUAACAUGGGUCCACUGGAGACCAUAAGCAAGAAGGACAAGUAAAGAUUUGAAUCAGAA